UCAUCGUAGUUUGUUGUUCGUUCUCUGCCUCUCUCUCUUAUACUUCCAGGUUUGUGUCGAUCUCAAAGUACCGAGAUUGAUAAGCCUGAUGAUCUCCGUUUCUUGUUGAUACUUUACCUAGAUUAGGCGGAAUUCAAUCGAAAUCUUUCCCGAUCUAAUUGCUGUGAAUUGGCGAUCGUGUUCUUGCACAAUUGUAUCUCACUAGCACCAAUCAGAUAUGCAGGCAUCACGAGCGAGACUAUUCAAGGAAUACAAAGAGGUUCAGCGAGAGAAAGUAGCUGAUCCGGAUAUUCAACUGGUGUGUGAUGAUACCAACAUAUUCAAAUGGACUGCGCUUAUCAAGGGACCAUCGGAAACUCCUUAUGAAGGCGGAGUGUUUCAGCUUGCAUUUGCUGUUCCUGAACCAUAUCCUCUGCAACCUCCUCAAGUUCGGUUCUUGACCAAAAUAUUCCACCCAAAUGUGCAUUUCAAGACAGGGGAAAUAUGCCUGGACAUAUUGAAGAAUGCGUGGAGCCCCGCUUGGACGCUUCAGUCAGUGUGUAGAGCGAUCAUAGCACUGAUGGCUCAUCCUGAGCCGGACAGUCCUCUUAACUGCGACUCAGGAAACCUUCUAAGAUCUGGGGAUGUGAGAGGCUUCAAUUCAAUGGCACGCAUGUACACACGCCUCGCAGCUAUGCCUAAGAAAGGAUGAGAUUCUCUUUGCUUUUGUUUCUAUCAUCGAUUAACUGUUUUUCUUUGAAUAUGUAAUGAAAAUGAAAUACAUUGUUUAAAAAGAUACAUGUAAUGUUACAAGGAGAUGUUUCUUUCUUAUAAACAUGAAUUUAUUGGUUUACAAUUUUAUUGAUGUUACAACA